GGGAUUGCAGCUGUUUCAUGUGGGGCAGCAGUGCUGGCAGGGAAGCCGGCCGGGAGCGGCCGGGAGCGGGAGCCCGGCGUGUGCGCGCGGCUGGAGGCUCGCUGGGGCUCCGCUCCCCCGCGAGAGCUAUUGUUGGUCUCGCUGGAGCUGAGGGCAGAACCGGGACCCGCUCCUUCCCGGACGCCGCCGAGAGCGAGCGGAGCCACCCGCGCGGCGCCUGCCUCCCUGCCGUCCUCCUCCCCGCUUCCCCCGCGGUGGCAAGCCUGCAGCCACGAUGGAGAAACCAAGACUGAGAGCGGGCUAGUGAUUUCUUGGACAGUUGGGCAGUAGAAAGCAUCCCACCCUGUCCUCCAGGAUCCAAUGACAUUGGAGAGAGGGCUGCAGGACCUGCAGACACCAACUCUUCCCAAAGUGUUGACAUGGAGCCAGGUAGACUGAAAUUACCAUGUAUCCAAAUUAAAAUUGCAUACUUCAAGGAUUAUUUGAAGGACUAUUCUUAGACCCUUUUAAGAAGAUUUAAAGAAAAACCACCUGGCCCUGAGUGCCUCAAGGGCCCAGUUUGUGGAUGUGGAGGAGCAUAGGCUGGAGGCUAUGGAUGUGAAGGAGAGGAAGCCUUACCGCUCGCUGACUAGGCGGCGGGACACCGAGCGCCGCUACACCAGCUCAUCAGCGGACAGCGAAGAGGGCAAGGCCCCACAGAAGUCCUACAGCUCCAGCGAGACCCUGAAGGCCUAUGACCAGGAUGCCCGCCUAGCCUAUGGCAGCCGUGUCAAGGACAUGGUACCACAAGAGGCUGAGGAGUUCUGCCGCACAGGCACCAAUUUCACUCUGCGUGAGCUGGGACUCGGAGAGGUGACACCCCCUCAUGGGACCCUCUACCGGACAGACAUCGGCCUCCCACACUGUGGUUACUCCAUGGGGGCCAGCUCAGACGCAGACCUGGAAGCUGACACUGUGCUGUCCCCAGAGCACCCAGUGCGCCUAUGGGGCCGAAGCACACGGUCAGGGCGCAGCUCCUGCCUGUCCAGCCGGGCCAACUCCAACCUCACCCUCACUGACACGGAGCAUGAGAACACAGAGACUGGUGCUCCCUUGCAUUGUUCAUCUGCUUCAUCAACCCCUAUUGAGCAGUCCCCCUCCCCGCCCCCCUCCCCUCCGGCCAAUGAGAGCCAGAGGCGGUUGCUAGGCAACGGUGUGGCCCAGCCAACCCCGGACUCAGACUCUGAGGAAGAGUUUGUCCCUAAUUCAUUCUUAGUUAAAAGUGGCUCCGCCAGUCUGGGGGUCGCAGCGAACGAUCAUCCCAGCGGCCUGCAGAACCACCCUCGGCUCCGGACACCUCCACCACCGCUCUCCCACGCCCACACCCCCAACCAGCACCACGCGGCCUCCAUCAACUCCUUGAACAGGGGCAACUUCACCCCGAGGAGCAACCCCAGCCCAGCACCCACAGACCACUCACUUUCUGGGGAGGCCCCAGCUGGCAGCGCUCAGGAGCCAGCUCAUGCCCAGGACAACUGGCUACUCAACAGCAACAUCCCGCUGGAGACCAGAAACCUAGGCAAGCAGCCCUUCCUAGGGACAUUGCAGGACAACCUCAUUGAGAUGGACAUUCUCAGCGCCUCCCGCCACGAUGGGGCUUACAGUGACGGGCACUUCCUCUUCAAGCCUGGAGGCACCUCCCCACUCUUCUGCACCACGUCUCCAGGGUACCCUCUAACAUCCAGCACCGUGUACUCACCCCCACCACGGCCCCUGCCCCGCAGCACCUUCUCCCGACCAGCCUUUAACCUCAAGAAACCCUCCAAGUACUGCAACUGGAAGUGCGCAGCCCUGAGUGCUAUCGUCAUUUCAGCUACCCUGGUCAUCCUGCUGGCGUACUUUGUGGCCAUGCACCUGUUUGGCCUAAACUGGCACCUGCAGCCGAUGGAGGGGCAGAUGUAUGAGAUCACGGAGGACACAGCCAGCAGUUGGCCUGUGCCAACGGACGUCUCCCUGUAUCCCUCAGGGGGCACUGGCUUAGAGACCCCUGACAGGAAAGGCAAAGGAGCCACAGAAGGAAAACCCAGCAGUUUCUUUCCAGAGGACAGUUUUAUAGACUCUGGAGAAAUUGACGUGGGGAGACGGGCUUCCCAGAAGAUUCCUCCUGGCACUUUCUGGAGAUCUCAGGUGUUCAUAGACCACCCUGUGCAUCUGAAGUUCAAUGUGUCUCUGGGAAAGGCAGCUCUGGUUGGCAUUUAUGGCAGAAAAGGCCUUCCUCCUUCCCAUACUCAGUUUGACUUCGUGGAGCUACUAGAUGGAAGAAGGCUCCUGACCCAGGAAGCACGGAGCUUAGAAGGUCCCCAACGCCAGUCUCGGGGUGUUGUACCCCCAUCCAGCCAUGAGACAGGCUUCAUCCAGUAUCUGGAUUCAGGAAUCUGGCACCUGGCCUUUUACAAUGACGGGAAGGAGUCUGAAGUGGUUUCCUUUCUCACUACUGCCAUUGAAUCAGUGGAUAACUGCCCCAGCAACUGCUAUGGCAACGGCGACUGCAUCUCAGGGACCUGCCACUGCUUCCUGGGCUUUCUGGGCCCCGACUGCGGCCGAGCCUCCUGCCCUGUGCUGUGCAGUGGGAACGGCCAGUACAUGAAGGGCAGGUGUCUGUGCCACAGCGGCUGGAAGGGUGCCGAGUGUGAUGUGCCCACCAACCAGUGCAUCGAUGUGGCCUGCAGCAGCCAUGGCACCUGCAUCAUGGGCACCUGCAUCUGCAACCCUGGCUACAAGGGGGAGAGCUGUGAGGAAGUGGACUGCAUGGACCCCACUUGUUCCAGCCGGGGUGUCUGUGUGAGAGGCGAGUGCCAUUGCUCCGUGGGAUGGGGAGGCACCAACUGUGAGACACCCAGGGCCACAUGUCUGGACCAGUGUUCAGGCCAUGGAACCUUCCUCCCAGACACUGGGCUUUGCAACUGUGACCCAAGCUGGACUGGACAUGACUGCUCCAUAGAGAUCUGUGCUGCGGACUGCGGUGGCCAUGGCGUCUGUGUGGGAGGCACCUGCCGCUGUGAGGAUGGUUGGAUGGGGGCUGCAUGUGACCAGCGAGCCUGCCACCCACGCUGUGCGGAGCAUGGGACCUGUCGGGAUGGCAAGUGUGAAUGCAGCCCGGGCUGGAACGGCGAGCACUGCACCAUCGAGGGCUGUCCUGGCUUGUGCAAUGGUAAUGGCAGAUGUACCUUGGACCUGAAUGGGUGGCACUGUGUCUGCCAGCUGGGCUGGAGAGGAACUGGCUGCGACACAUCCAUGGAAACUGCCUGUGGAGACAGCAAAGACAAUGAUGGAGAUGGACUGAUGGACUGCAUGGACCCUGACUGCUGCCUCCAGCCCCUCUGUCAUGUCAACCUGCUGUGCCUAGGCUCCCCCGACCCUCUGAACAUCAUCCAGGAGACACAAAUCCCUGCCCCCCAACAGAGCCUGCACUCCUUCUAUGACCGCAUCAAGUUCCUUGUGGGCAGGGACAGCACGCAUAUCAUCCCUGGAGAGAACCCCUUUGAUGGCGGGCAUGCAUGUGUCAUCCGUGGUCAAGUGAUGACAUCUGACGGGACCCCACUGGUUGGUGUGAACAUCAGUUUCAUAAAUAACCCUCUCUUUGGGUACACAAUCAGCAGGCAAGAUGGCAGCUUUGACCUGGUCACAAAUGGCGGCAUCUCCAUCAUCUUGAGGUUUGAGCGGGCGCCCUUCAUCACACAGGAACACACCCUCUGGCUGCCCUGGGACCGCUUCUUUGUCAUGGAAACCAUCAUCAUGAGACAUGAGGAGAAUGAGAUUCCCAGCUGUGACCUGAGCAACUUCGCCCGCCCCAACCCUGUGGUGUCUCCAUCCCCACUGACAUCUUUCGCCAGUUCCUGUGCCGAGAAAGGUCCCAUUGUCCCAGAAAUUCAGGCCCUUCAAGAAGAAAUCACCAUCACUGGCUGCAAGAUGAGGCUGAACUAUCUGAGCAGCCGCACCCCUGGCUACAAGUCCGUUCUGAGGAUCAGCCUCACCCAUCCCACCAUCCCCUUCAACCUCAUGAAGGUCCACCUCAUGGUGGCAGUGGAGGGCCGUCUCUUCAGGAAGUGGUUUGCUGCAGCCCCUGACCUGUCCUAUUACUUCAUCUGGGACAAGACAGAUGUCUACAACCAGAAGGUGUUUGGGCUCUCGGAAGCCUUCGUUUCCGUGGGUUAUGAAUAUGAAUCCUGCCCAGAUCUGAUCCUGUGGGAGAAAAGGACAGCAGUACUACAGGGUUAUGAAAUCGAUGCAUCCAAGCUGGGGGGCUGGAGCCUGGAUAAGCACCAUGCCCUCAACAUCCAGAGUGGCAUCUUGCACAAAGGGAACGGAGAGAACCAGUUUGUGUCUCAGCAGCCACCAGUCAUUGGCAGCAUCAUGGGCAAUGGGCGCCGCAGGAGCAUCUCCUGCCCCAGCUGCAAUGGCCUUGCUGAUGGAAACAAACUCCUGGCACCAGUGGCCCUCACCUGUGGCUCUGAUGGGAGUCUGUAUGUGGGAGACUUCAAUUACAUCCGCAGGAUCUUCCCCUCUGGAAAUGUCACCAACAUCCUGGAGCUGAGUCACAGCCCAGCGAACAAAUACUACUUGGCCACAGACCCCAUGAGUGGAGCUGUCUUCCUGUCUGACACCAACACCCGGCGGGUCUUCAAGAUCAAGUCCACCACAGUGGUAAAGGACCUGGUCAAGAACUCUGAGGUGGUGGCAGGGACUGGUGACCAAUGCCUCCCCUUUGAUGACACUCGCUGCGGGGAUGGUGGGAAGGCCACAGAAGCCACACUCACCAAUCCCAGGGGCAUUACAGUGGACAAGUUUGGACUGAUUUACUUCGUAGAUGGCACCAUGAUCAGACGCAUCGAUCAGAACGGGAUCAUCUCUACCCUGCUGGGCUCCAAUGACCUCACCUCUGCCAGACCUCUCAGUUGUGACUCUGUCAUGGAUAUUUCUCAGGUUCGCCUAGAGUGGCCCACAGACUUAGCCAUCAACCCAAUGGACAACUCUCUCUAUGUCCUCGACAACAACGUGGUUCUGCAAAUCUCUGAAAACCAUCAGGUACGCAUUGUUGCUGGAAGGCCCAUGCACUGCCAGGUUCCCGGCAUUGACUACUUCCUGCUCAGCAAGGUGGCCAUUCACGCAACCCUGGAGUCAGCUACUGCUCUGGCCGUUUCACACAAUGGAGUCCUAUAUAUUGCUGAGACUGAUGAAAAAAAGAUCAACCGCAUCAGGCAGGUCACCACAAGUGGUGAGAUCUCACUGGUUGCUGGGGCCCCCAGUGGCUGUGACUGUAAAAAUGAUGCCAACUGUGAUUGUUUCUCUGGAGAUGAUGGUUAUGCCAAGGAUGCAAAGCUGAAUACCCCAUCUUCCCUGGCUGUGUGUGCUGAUGGGGAGCUCUAUGUGGCCGACCUUGGGAACAUCCGAAUUCGCUUUAUCAGGAAGAACAAGCCUUUCCUCAACACCCAGAACAUGUAUGAGCUGUCUUCACCUAUUGACCAGGAGCUGUACCUCUUUGAUACCAGUGGCAAGCAUCUGUACACCCAGAGCCUGCCUACAGGAGACUACCUGUACAACUUCACCUACACAGGAGACGGCGACAUCACACUCAUCACAGACAACAACGGCAACAUGGUGAAUAUCCGCCGAGACUCUACUGGGAUGCCCCUCUGGCUGGUGGUCCCAGAUGGCCAGGUAUACUGGGUGACCAUGGGCACCAACAGUGUGCUCAGAAGUUUGACCACACAAGGACACGAGAUGGCUAUGAUGACCUACCAUGGCAACUCUGGCCUCUUGGCAACCAAAAGCAAUGAAAAUGGGUGGACAACAUUUUAUGAGUAUGACAGCUUUGGCCGUCUGACAAAUGUGACCUUCCCAACCGGCCAGGUGAGCAGUUUCCGAAGUGACACAGACAGCUCAGUGCACGUGCAGGUGGAGACGUCCAGCAAGGAUGAUGUCACCAUAACCACCAACCUGUCUGCCUCAGGUGCUUUCUACACUCUGCUGCAAGACCAAGUCCGGAACAGCUACUACAUCGGGGCUGAUGGCUCCCUGCGGCUGCUACUGGCCAAUGGCAUGGAGGUGGCACUGCAGACUGAGCCACACCUGCUAGCUGGCACUGUCAACCCCACUGUGGGCAAGAGGAAUGUCACACUGCCCAUCGACAAUGGCCUCAAUCUGGUAGAAUGGCGGCAGCGCAAGGAGCAGGCUCGUGGCCAGGUCACAGUCUUCGGGCGCCGGCUGCGGGUUCACAACCGAAACCUCUUGUCUCUGGACUUUGACCGUGUAACGCGCACAGAGAAGAUCUAUGAUGACCACCGCAAGUUCACCCUUCGGAUCCUAUAUGACCAGGCAGGGAGACCCAGCCUCUGGUCGCCAAGCAGCAGGUUGAAUGGUGUCAAUGUGACCUACUCCCCCGGGGGCCACAUUGCUGGCAUCCAAAGGGGCAUCAUGUCCGAGAGAAUGGAAUAUGACCAGGAAGGUCGCAUUGCAUCCCGGAUCUUUGCAGACGGGAAGACAUGGAGUUACACAUACUUAGAGAAGUCCAUGGUGCUGCUCCUCCACAGCCAGAGGCAGUACAUCUUUGAGUUUGACAAGAAUGACCGCCUCUCUUCCGUGACCAUGCCCAAUGUGGCCCGGCAGACUCUGGAGACCAUCCGCUCCGUGGGCUACUACCGGAACAUCUACCAACCUCCAGAAGGCAAUGCCUCAGUCAUACAGGACUUCACUGAGGAUGGACAAUUGUUGCACACCUUCUACUUGGGCACUGGUCGCAGGGUGAUUCACAAAUAUGGCAAGUUGUCAAAAUUGGCUGAGACACUGUAUGACACCACCAAGGUAAGCUUCACCUAUGAUGAAACAGCUGGAAUGCUAAAGACCAUCAACCUACAGAACGAGGGCUUUACCUGCACCAUCCGCUACCGUCAGAUUGGGCCCCUGAUUGACCGGCAGAUCUUCCGCUUCACAGAGGAAGGCAUGGUCAAUGCCCGUUUUGAUUACAACUAUGACAACAGUUUCCGGGUGACUAGCAUGCAGGCUGUGAUCAACGAGACCCCGCUGCCUAUCGAUCUCUAUCGCUAUGAUGAUGUAUCAGGAAAGACAGAACAGUUUGGGAAGUUUGGUGUCAUCUACUAUGACAUCAACCAGAUCAUUACAACAGCCGUCAUGACCCACACCAAGCACUUUGAUGCAUAUGGCAGGAUGAAGGAAGUGCAGUAUGAGAUUUUCCGCUCACUCAUGUACUGGAUGACCGUCCAGUAUGAUAACAUGGGGCGGGUAGUGAAGAAGGAGCUGAAGGUGGGACCCUAUGCCAACACCACCCGCUACUCCUAUGAGUAUGAUGCUGAUGGCCAGCUGCAGACAGUCUCCAUUAAUGACAAGCCACUCUGGCGCUACAGCUAUGACCUCAAUGGGAAUCUACACUUGCUGAGCCCUGGGAACAGUGCACGGCUCACCCCUCUCCGAUACGACCUCCGGGACCGAAUCACAAGGCUGGGUGAUGUGCAAUACAAGAUGGAUGAGGAUGGCUUCCUGAGGCAGCGGGGCGGGGAUGUCUUCGAGUACAAUUCAGCUGGCCUGCUCAUCAAGGCCUACAACCGGGCUGGCGGUUGGAGUGUCAGGUAUCGCUACGAUGGCCUGGGGCGGCGGGUAUCCAGCAAGAGCAGCCACAGCCACCACCUACAAUUCUUUUAUGCAGACCUGACCAAUCCUACAAAGGUCACCCACCUCUACAACCACUCUAGCUCUGAGAUCACUUCCCUCUACUAUGACCUGCAAGGACACCUCUUUGCCAUGGAGCUGAGCAGUGGGGACGAGUUUUACAUAGCUUGUGACAACAUCGGGACGCCUCUUGCUGUCUUCAGUGGAACCGGCUUGAUGAUCAAGCAAAUCCUGUACACAGCCUAUGGGGAGAUCUACAUGGACACCAACCCCAGCUUCCAGAUCAUCAUUGGCUACCAUGGUGGCCUCUAUGAUCCACUCACCAAACUGGUCCACAUGGGCCGACGGGAUUAUGAUGUGCUGGCUGGACGCUGGACAAGCCCAGACCAUGAGCUCUGGAAGCACCUGAGCAGCAAUAACAUCAUGCCUUUUAAUCUCUACAUGUUUAAAAACAACAACCCAAUCAGCAACUCUCAGGAUAUCAAGUGCUUCAUGACAGAUGUCAAUAGCUGGCUGCUCACUUUUGGAUUCCAGCUGCACAACGUGAUACCUGGUUAUCCUAAACCAGACACAGAUGCCAUGGAACCAUCCUAUGAGCUCGUGCAUACACAGAUGAAAACUCAGGAAUGGGACAACAGCAAGUCUAUCCUCGGGGUACAAUGUGAAGUCCAGAAGCAACUGAAGGCUUUUGUCACCUUAGAACGUUUCGACCAGCUCUACGGCUCCACUAUCACCAGCUGUCAGCAAGCCCCAGAGACCAAAAUGUUUGCCUCUAGUGGCUCCAUCUUUGGCAAGGGGGUCAAGUUUGCCUUGAAGGAUGGUCGAGUGACCACAGACAUCAUCAGUGUGGCCAAUGAGGAUGGGCGGAGGAUUGCAGCCAUCUUAAACAAUGCCCACUAUCUAGAGAACCUGCACUUCACCAUUGAUGGGAUGGACACCCACUAUUUUGUGAAACCAGGACCUUCAGAUGGUGACCUGGCCAUCCUAGGCCUCAGUGGGGGGAAGCGAACCCUGGAGAAUGGGGUCAAUGUCACUGUGUCCCAGAUCAACACCAUGCUCAAUGGCAGGACUAGACGCUACACUGAUAUCCAGCUCCAGUACAGGGCACUGUGUUUGAACACCCGCUACGGGACGACGUUGGAUGAGGAGAAGGCACGGGUGCUGGAGCUGGCCCGGCAGAGAGCUGUACGUCAGGCUUGGGCCCGAGAGCAGCAGAGACUGCGGGAAGGGGAGGAAGGCCUACGGGCCUGGACAGAGGGGGAGAAGCAGCAGGUGCUGAACACAGGGCGGGUACAAGGCUAUGACGGCUUCUUCGUGAUCUCCGUCGAGCAGUACCCAGAACUGUCAGACAGCGCCAACAACAUCCACUUCAUGAGACAGAGCGAGAUGGGCCGAAGGUGACAGAAAGGGCUGAGGCCUGGACUUCUUGCCAAAGACAGCUACUCUUCUGUGGCCGUAUACCUGACUGUGUUGUACUUUAAAAAACAAAAAACAAAAACUUUUUUUUAACAAGUGCAGAAAACAAAACAAAAAGAUACUGGUUGCAUUGUUAAUUCAUGCAACAUCCUUUUUUUUUUAAGAAAAGAAAAAACACAAAUUUGGCCUUCACACAUUUUUGCAAAGAACAGAAGGUUUUGGGUUUUUUUUUCUGAAGUGUGAUCACGAUGAAACCUUUAUUGUCGUUUGUUCCUCUUUUCCUUGAAGAAUUUUCCCUGUUGUUUGGGGUAUGUUUCUCCUCUCUUUGGGGUACACAUCUCCUGGGUUGUGUCCUUGUCUGUCCCUAGGUACCUGGUGUGAUGUGAGACACGACUGUCUGUGCUAACUUGUCUCGUGUGCAGCCCUUUCUUCUCUGACUAGGGUCAGGCAGGGGUGAGGGGUGCAUAGAGUGACGGGCCUGUAGAACCUCAGGAGCUUUGGCUAAUCUCCCACAGGCAAGUGGUGGGUUUUGCCCUUCCAUGUUUUGUACCUCCUGAGGACCACAGAUGGCUUCAUCUUGCCCUGGAAAAUUUCAUCACGUUGUUUAGCACCUUGUCAAGCUGCCCCAAACUCCUGUCCAAGCUUUAUAUUUUGAUGCUAAAUGAAUCCUCCUCCCCCUUUUGCAAAUCUCUCGUGUAGUUGUCAGUGCCACCCCUGCCACCCCCCACCCCCAUAUUGGGGUAGAGAAAGUAUCCCAGUUCCUUUCCCCUGUCUGGUGAUAUAACAUCCUGGGGCUUCGAGCCCUAUCCUUUACAAGAGGUGACAGCACCCAGGAUGUCUGUGAAUGGCUGAUCCUCCAUGAUGCCCUUUGCUCAUCUCCUCCUCUCUCCCAAAGCCAGACGUGAGAACCAGCACUGCACAGCGAGCCCUCUAUGUCCAGGGAAGGAGAGGAAACCCUGUCCCCAUGACUUUGGGUAUCUUCCUUCCAAUGCUCAGCUGCCACCACUUAAAAAUAGGAGUGUGGCAAGAGGUGCUUGGUGGCCUUUGAUCCUGGAAAGAUAUAAAAGAAAAAAAAAAAAAGUCAGCCAAAGAAAGGAGUCAGCAAAGGUGUGAACCAAGCAUUUUUCUAACCAGCUCCUGAAAUCUCCUCUGCCUCCCCUGUACAGGCUAAUCCCAGAGGUUCGGGAUCCCAGAGCCUCAAAACAUUCAGGAAAUCCCAUCUAUGAAGUUCUCCACUAGAGAAUCCCAGCCAGGAUUGUUUUUUAAAUUUUUAAAUAAGGAGAAAAGAGCUAAUUUAGUGUGACCUAUCAGUGUCAUACAACCCCAGCAGGAUCAAGGAUGGUGGUGCCCAUAGAUCCAGAAGGCCCGGCUAGCACUGUUCCCAUGAAAACCUCUGCACACAGCACCUAGAAGAGGGUGGGAGCAGAUGAAGCCCACGCUGGAGGGCUUCCCAGAGGGAGGCAGCAGCCAGCAAGCCAGGGGAAGCAAGGAGAGCAGAGGAGUGUCACAGCAAGAGCUCCUGGCUUGAGGAUUCCCUUCCUGGUUAGGCUGCCUAGAUACCAUUGUCAUUAGCACCCACAGGAGGCUCUGAGAGAGAAAGGAGGGGAUGCAAAUGCUUCCUUUUGAGCUGGGCUUCUUAGAAAAUGGGACCUUUAUGGGUAACAUUUACAUUAAGUGUGGAAAAUGAAUUCUGAGUCUGAGCUAUUCCCUGUGGAAACUUUAUUGGACUGAUAAGCUCAUGGCACUUUUAUAGCCUUACACAAGAAUCUUCAGAAUAUGACAUGAGUUAAUGAAACCAAGAAGGUCUCUUACUGCAUGAGAAUCAAAGCAAUGUGUAGUCUGGGUUCUGCCUAGUAGAGGGAGGUGUCCAAAGCUUCUCGGGGAGGGGAGCUCUCGCCUUAUGUUGUCCCACUGGGAUUAGAGGAUGUUUCGCUAAGUGCUCUUCCUGAUUCCAAAAAAAACUGAGACACUGCUGUAGCAGUGUGUCAUGGCCUGCUUGUCCACUGGUUGCCUGUUUCCUCUGGACCAGACUCUGCUUGGCCAGAUUUGAUGCUCCCUCAGGCCCACUGUGCCUGGCAUGAAUUGGUGAUGGAGACUCCCAUCUGCUAUGAUAAUUCUUAAAUGAGAUGGAAAACAGUUUGGUCUGAAGAACACAAGACUUUUUAUCCAAGAGUCUUAUGCCUCUCAAAAUGUACUUUUGCUAUAAGGGUCCUUUGGCAGAGCACUCUUGUCAGUUGGCCUAGUUGACCUGUCUCAUCCCAGCUUCCUGACAUUGAUCAAGACCCACUGGAGAUAUUUACUUGGAAGUCAGAGACAGCAUGUGACCCUAGGGAACCAUCUGCUUGUACCUCCUCAGCCUAUGUCUCCCUCUUUCCCUGCCCUUCUCCCUCAAGUAAUAGAUUUUUAGGACUCAAAGAACACAAUGAAUUAUUGAGUAUUCUUUUGUAAAAAGAAAUGAUCCUAUAUUUUUCCUGGGCUGCAUUCCACCAAGAAGACCUAGCUUCUACUGGGGAGACAUGUAAGCAUCCCUGAGCUCUAGCAGAGUUCAGCCGUGGGCUAGGCAGUACCAUGCACCUCCAUCUCAUACUAGUGCUGUCCUAGCAGAACAGGUUCCUUGGCCCCUUUGAGUUGGAGUACAUUCAGGCUGGGAGGUAACAGUCUCUCCUGCUGGGACCUGCAGUCCCAAUGCCUUGACAAAGGUGGAUUUGAAGGCAUGAGCAAUAGUUCUUUGCACCUAUUUAGGGGGCUUUGAGCAUUAAAUGCCAUCCUGAACAGCACUUGUCCUUUGGGCACUAACUAAAUCUAUCCACUUGUUAGAGUGACGAGGCCUCCCUCACUGACUAAGGUUCAUGAUUCUUUGGGGUGUUGGCUUCUGAACCUAGAAGAUUCAUUUUAGAACAGUUCUACCUUCUGCUCUACCUUCCACAACUGCCAAUGAGCCCCUCAUCUUCUGCCCCUUCUCCAUGACCUUAAAUAAGACUUUACUAAUCCCUCAACUUUGUCUUUUAAACCAUGAGACUCCCUUUAUAUCCACCGAUGACAUUGGGGGAGUUCUGUGGUAAACCACACCUUGGACAGCCUCGGACACUUGGCUCAGAAUACUUGCUGAGAAUUAGCCCAAGGACCACACCAGUGCCUGUCUCUACUGAGGGGUGGAAGGUCUGGAGGAAACUGAUGGACAGUUGAAGCUGGCCAGGACAGGUGCUUGCAAAUAACUGGGAUGGGAUGGGGCAGGAAGCAGCAGAUGGUGAAGCCAGGGCGCUGCAUAAACCCGAUGGUGCUUUAUAGGCACUGAGCAGGGAAAGAAGAAGAAAGGGUCUUUCAGCUGCGACUUUUAAGUAUUGCCUUUAUAGAAGACAAAGCUUUCAGUGUGACAUCUCAGAACACAGUUUUACCAAUCGCAGCCCUUGCAUUUGUGGUGGGCACGUGGUAAGAGCAGUGAUACUGGGCUUUGUGCCCAGGAGGAUGAGCUUGCUGGCCCUCAGCAUGAUGCUGGGCUGUGGGGUUUGAUCACCCAUUGUAUAAAGUUGAGAAUGUCUUUCAUCCAUCAUAGCAGCCACUUAGCCCAGGAGGUGGAUCCUGAUCCUGAUUGGGGGGAGACUUACCUCCCAUGGAGUCCCAGAAAGACCCAGUCUCUCCUUCCCUUUGGGAUCCUCAUCAGGACUACAAUCCCUCCACGUGAGGCACACCAUCCCCAGCGAGGUCAAAACUAUUGUCUGUAUUUUGUUGAAGGGAAGGAAGUGAAGAAAAGAACUAUAGUUAAAGACCCUUUUAUUUAGCCUUCCCAAUACAGCAAACUCAUUUUAAAGACUCAUUGCUCAGGUGACAGAGAGAAACUUUAUCCUCUCCAACCUUUCAUUCUCAAAAACCAGCUUGUGUACUUGACUGCCCUGAACAGUGGUGUGUUCUGAGGUUUGACUGUGGUGUGGAAGAUCAGAGGCCAGGGUGAAACCCUGUGUUGUGUUUAGGGGCCUUGAUGGGACUCCAUGUUGUGUUUCUAACCCUCUGUGGAACGCCAAAGGCACGAGACUGGGCAAACUCCUGGUCCCCAAGAAAAAAUGUGAUUGAUUCUGAAGGCAGAGGACUGAGGGAUAACUGCCCAUGGGCAGGCUCGGCAUCCCAGCUGCUGACCCACAGAUGUCUGGUGGCACCCAGCAACCCCAAUCCACCCACAGCCAGAACCCCACUGUUCUAAAUGCGCCUGUUGUUCUGAGGACUUCUGAACCCACAGCUCUGGCAAAGGACCAUCCUGAGCUGCCUCUGGACGACCAACACUGGAGACUCUGGCCUUACCAUGUGGAAUUAGUUUCCCUGAAGUCUGGAACUAAUUUGAGAAGUUUUUUUCUCAACACUUUUGUGUUUCUAACACUGUAUUCUUGACUGUGUAAAUACCAACAAGGCUGUAAAUAAAUGCAGAUGUAGAUACCUUCUAGAAAAAGAAAAAAAAGCAGAAAAACAAAACCAGAAGUGAUCCCGUUGUAGCCUUCGUUGACAAAUAAAAGAAUAUUUUGUGUUUAAA